AUGUCGCCAGUGGAACUGCCGUAUACCCAGGUGAUAAACUGGGUCAUGGCCCGCAGAAAGACACCGGAUGACUGCCACAAAAGGCUGCUAGCGUUGGAGGAUAUGUGCAAAGAGUUCUUCAACAAGCACUCGAAUCUGCCGGAAAAUGUCAAGCAGCUGCGAAAGCACGUCCAAUCUGAGUACACAGAGUGGUACGAGGUACUAACGGAAAUCACCGAAAAGUUGAAAGAGGUUGAGGACGCUGAGAAGGUUAACUUUCUCGGACAAUAUACAUUCGAGCCCCUGUACGAGGCAGACAAGAUACUGCGCAACUUCCAGAAACACAACCUCCAGAUCGUGUCAUACUGCCAGCUUCUACAGAAGCACGUAACCUACAAUGUGCCGUCGAUAAAAAAGUCAAUCGAGACCGUGAACAGAGAGCUCCUCGAUUACAAAAACCGGAAGGCAGAUUCGACGCGGAAGUUGAAUAGCGGCACAGCGGAACUUAGAAAUCGGCUUAAGGCGUACGGUAUUAACAUCGAGGAGUUCCCCUUCAACAAGGAUUUCAAAGUCCACCUCAAGGUCAAGCUCGUUGAGGCUAUUGUGAACAAAAAUGCCGAUGCCACGAUCGAGAAUUACAGGAGAACGGUGGAGCUGACUCAGCACAUCGUGUCCGAAAUAUUGCCCGUGUUUGUGUCCUUCAUCAGGUUACACGGCAUGGAUGGCCUCUAUGCCGCAGGGGAUACCAUGGCGAACGUUAGGCAGGCUGCGGAAUCAGGGAUGACCGUCGUGACCUCUGACGAAUCCAAAGGCGAUGCUGUCGAAAAACCAGAGCAAAGCGAGGACGCUUCAAGCGACUGUGUCAUUCAACUGGUAAAGGACAACGAUCAGAUACCCCUUGACGAAGGAAAGAGACGGCAAAUUUUUGAGACGAACCUAGGAAACCCUGCCUUUAGACAGCUAGCAAUGGGGGAGGUUCUGGAGCUGCGAACCUUCGUCAAAGUCAGAAUCGAUGAAAUGCAAAAUAGGUCCGAUUCGGCCAACUACCUCUUCAGCCAGGCCGGUGAGAAGAUCAACGCGUGCGUACAAACACCGGUUUCAAAGUACGAGACGUAUGUAAAAACACUGGACGAGGCGGUGGAACUGCUCAGCGGUACGGAAGCCAUGAAGGCGCUCAGUCUCCUCAAAAACAGAAACGAACUGGAAAAGCUCGCACAAGUCGAACUGGAUAUCUUCAACCGCUGCUGCAACGAAAUCGAGCAGCAGGUGUCAUUAGAGAAGCGAAUCGAAACCACUAGCGACGCACUCCAAAAACUAGCUGCCGAACUUGAGGCGGCCAGGGAGACGGUCAGGAGCACCAAGGCAAAGCUGGAGAAAACUGCCGGCGAUGUAAUGGGCGAACCCCUCCGGAUAUUCGGAGAAGUCGACGAAAUAUGA